UUCAACGUCCCUUGCGUAAGCCACAUUUUCUCGGGUGUUCUUUUUUGCGUAACUGUUCUCCGAUUGUCUUUCUAAAGUAGUUCUCUAUUAAAGAGGGAAAGUUUUACCGGGAUCAUGUUUUCUCCGUCAGCUUUACAGCCACAGGUUGUGACGGCACUGACUCAGUUUUCAUCUCUUCUGAAUGGAGCCCGCAUUUCCUCAACAGAAACUUGGAUUGGUAACAAUCACCGCAAAAGUCACCCAAGGAAAAACAGGACACAAGAUGAUAAACAUUUAGAGGCAGAUAUACGACAGAUGGAACAGUUAAUCAGUUUUCUAAAUCUGGAGCACCUGCCGAAGAAUUUAUCAUCUAUAGAGUUAUCUCCCCUGAGAAGCCACCUUAAGCCAGAGAGACAAACAAUACAGAGUUAUGCAUCCUCUCCAACUUUUUUUGAAAAUAAAUAUGGGUUUGAAGAAGCAAGUUUUGAGAGACCUGUGCAUUCUUGUAGGAUUUGGGAACAAAAACUUCUACUAAGACCUCAGGAAUUAAGACACACACAAAUUCGAGGAUUUCACAUCCGACGAGACACGGGGAUGGAGACAGGAAGGCAGGACUUGAGUGACAUCAAAAAGAUCUUAACAAAUUUUGAAUCAAGAGUGCAAGCAACAUUGAAGGACUUUGCCAGCUCCAAGACAAACACAAAUGCUGACCUCCUGAAGUCACAACAGAUGAAGCGUCUAGAGGAGAAGUACCUGACCCUUAUAGAACAGAUCAAGGAGGAGAAGAAGAAAAAGUCCAUGUCUCAGGUCCUCAACACGUUCACUAGCUAUCUCCUCAGAGUGCUGCUCCUCGGCUUUGUCAUCACAUUCCUCUACCGCUCCACAAAGCUGUUGAACAACACAAAGACGUUCACCAUUGUUGACAAAGAAAGUAUAAAAGAAAAAUUUGAAGACGUACAGGGAAUGGAUGAAGCCAAAGAAGACAUGAUGGACGUUGUUAAGUUCUUGCAGAAUCCAAGAAGUUUUACAGAAGUUGGUGCCAAGAUACCUAAAGGAAUUUUAUUGGAUGGGCCUCCAGGAGUGGGAAAGACACUAUUAGCCAGAGCUGUAGCGGGAGAGGCCGGAGUGCCAUUUAUUUUUGCCGCGGGGUCAGAGUUUGAGGAAGUUUUUGUGGGUGUAGGAGCUAAGAGAGUGAGAGAGUUAUUUGUUACAGCAAAGAGAAACGCCCCCUGUAUUGUGUUUAUUGAUGAGAUUGACAGUUUAGCUGCAAAGCGAACAUCUAGUCCUUUUGUGCACCCCGCAGCCAAUCAGUGUAUUAACCAGCUAUUGACAGAAUUAGACGGAUUUGAGCAGUCAUCGGGGAUCAUUUUGAUUGGAGCAACAAACAGAAAAGAUGUUAUUGAUCCAGCUAUGCUGCGUCCUGGACGUUUUGACAUGCACAUUUCUGUAGAAGGACCAGACCAAAAAGGAAGGGAAAAACUGUUCAAACUUUACCUGGGAAAGGUCAAGAGUGACCCAUCUAUCAAUGUGGAGAAUUUGGCAAAAGGUGUUGUUGGUUUGACAGGUGCAGAUAUCAGUAACUUGGUGAAUCAGGCUGCACUUAAGGCGGCUAAAGACGGAGCCAACAUUGUAUGUAUGAGUCACCUCGAGUGGGCCAAGGAUAAGAUACUCAUGGGUGCAGAAAAAAAGACCCGAACCCCAGAUGAGGAGGCCAACUGGGUGACAGCAAUUCACGAGGCGGGUCAUGCGAUAGUGGGGCUGGAGUCCAAGAGCUCAUCCUCUCUAGUUUAUAAAGCUACAAUAAUGAAACGUGGACAGGCGCUGGGUCAUACCCAGUUUCUGCCGGAGAAGGAGGAGUACACACACAGCAGGGCCCAGCUGAUGGCUCAGAUGGACAUUGCGAUGGGGGGACGGGUAGCAGAGGAAAUCAUGUUUGGAACUGAUAAAGUCACAACAGGAGCAGCCUCCGACUUCAGUCAGGCAACAAAAAUAGCCAAGAGUAUGGUGAUGAUGUAUGGAAUGUCAGAGUCGCUUGGAGCUCGUGUCUACAGCGAGGAAGACCUACAGUUACUGAGUUCUCACAUGAGGAAAGAAAUCGACGACGAAGUCAAUCAACUUCUACAGGAGUCUUAUUGUCGAGCCAAAACAGUACUGACAAAUAAAAAAGACAAACUGAAGAAACUCGCAGAAAACUUAAUGAAGUACGAGACUCUAGAUAUGGAGGAGAUAAAACAGGUCAUGGCCGGGAAGGAAGUGGUCAGGACGUGACUGUAGCAUCCUGGGAUAUGUUGCUGUAGCAUCAUGGGAUUUCAUGACAUUAUAAUUUGUGGAGUGAGGGUGUGAACGAUCAUUUUUCAUGGGCUGAAUGCUGUUAUGUGAAUAUCUGUGAACUUUGAUUGGAUGACAGAACUUUUUAAUUAUUCAGAGAUAUUCAUGUUAUCAUCAUGUUUGUACGAUUCAUAUGAAAUUUCAAAUGAAAGCAUUCUGAAGCUUUGGUGAUGAUAUCAAUGUGCACUUCUCACUUUUUAAAGUUUUCACUGAAAUUCUCUGCUUGAAUUGGAAGAAGCAUGUCCAACACUGUGUUAAUUGCCAGAUCGAGUUGAUCCUCUCUUAUUGUGAUUAAAACACUUUUGCAAAUGUCCUCAA